AUGAGUCCUCUCGUUCAUCCUCCUGUUCAUCCAUCCCUCUCCCCCGCUAUGGCGGACGCAAAGGUCAAGCUGGAAGUGUCGUCCCAGUCGGAAGUACCCAACGACUAUGAUGUCCAAAUCCGCUAUCGCACCCUCUCCAUCCAUGUCGACGAGACCAUAGACGAGAAAGUGCCGGCAGGCAAGGGUGGUGCUGACCCUGCCUCAGCUAUCCGCCAGAUUGACGCACACAUGAUAUCCCCUGAGGAUGUCUUCAGCCGCUUCUCGACGUCCCCUACGGUCGGUCUCGAGUCUGAGGCCGUCCAACGCAGGCAGAAGUCCGGUGGGAAGAAUAUCAUUUCCCCGCCAAAGACCCAGUACUGGAAGAAGGCGCUGAAUUACAUCUUCGGCGGUUUCAACUUCCUCAUGUGGAUCGCGUUCAUCGUCACGCUACUGUCCUACAAGCCGCUCGGUGAUCCCAGCCCGCAGGCGUUCAACCUUGGGGUAGCCAUUCUCUUGCUGUUGGUCAUCAUCGUGUCUGCAACUUUCUACGCAUGGGUCGACUGGCAUGCUUCGCGGAUCAUGAGCUCCAUCAAGACCCUCAUCGCCGAGGAGGCCCUCGUCGUUCGUGACGGCAAGCAGCAGAGCGUGUCCGCAAAGGAUCUCGUCGUGGGCGACCUUGUGCAGCUUCACAUGGGCGACCGUGUUCCUGCCGAUCUCCGCCUCGUGGUCGCGUCCAGCGACGUUCGCUUUGAUCGUGCUCUGUUGACCGGCGAGAGCGACAUGAUCCCCGGAACGCUCGACAUGACCUCCCCAAACGCGCUCGAGACGCGCAACCUCGCGCUCAGCUCGACCUUCGUCGUCCAAGGCACCUGCACGGGCGUCGUGUUCGCCAUCGGCGACAAGUCCGUCAUGGGCCGCAUCGUCGCGAUGUCGGGCGAGACGAAGUUCAAGCUGACGACGGUCCAGAAAGAGGUCUGGUUCUUCACCAAGAUCGUCUCGGGCCUCGCACUCGGCCUCUUCGUAAUCUCCAUCAUCGUCUGGGGCGCGUGGCUCAGGAAGAGCUAUCCUGGAUACGAGACCGCUAGUGGAGCGAUCAUUAAUUCUAUCGGCUGCUUGACCGCGUUUGUCCCUCAGGGUCUUCCUGUCUGCGUGGCAUUGUCGCUCACCAUAGUUGCCAAACGCAUGGCCAAGCGCAAUGUCCUGGUCAAGAACCUUGCUACUAUAGAGACAUUGGGAUGCAUGUCUGUGCUAUGCUCCGAUAAAACUGGUACGCUCACCGUCGGAAAAAUGUCGCUGCAAAACGUCGCCUUCCUUGAUAGCCAGCAUACGGUAGAGGAGAUUCACGAGAAGUUCUCUGCGGAAGAGAAGUCCGAUGCGCCUGCUGCCUUCAAGGCUCUCCAUAUGAUCGGCCGUCUGUGCAACGGUGCCAAGUUUGACUCAACCUCUGCGCACCUCCCAGUGGACGAGCGUCCUGUCAAGGGCGAUGCCACCGACACCGCCGUCCUCCGCUUCUCCGAGGCACUCUCCAUCCCGUCCCUAGACAUCGACACUGCUUCCCUCCUGUCUUCCCACGACAAAGUCUUCGAGAUCCCGUUCAACUCCAAGAACAAGUGGAUGCUCACAGUCGUCCGCUCGCAUUCCAUAGCGGAGAACCCGCCUGCCGAGAACUGGAUGCUCGUCAAGGGCGCGCCUGACGUACUGUUCCCCGCCUGUACUACCAUCAUGCUGUCCGAUGGCUCCGUCGUCCCUCUCAACUCGACGCGCCGCACACAGAUCUUCAUGCUCCAGGAGAAUUGGAGCAGCCAGGGUCAGCGCGUUCUCGCGCUCUGCCGCCGCUCGCUCGCCGAUGUCAAGCUAAAUAUGGAUACCAUGUCGGCCAACGACGUCGAGGAGCUCAUGUAUGCGGAACUCCAGGGCCUCACAUUGGUGGGCUUGGUCGGCAUACGCGACCCUCCGCGCGGGGACGUGCCUGAUGCGGUCAGAACCAUCCGUCGUGCUGGUGUUCGCGUGGCCAUGGUCACUGGGGACUUCAAGUUGACGGCGCUCGCCAUCGCUAAGCAGGUUGGCAUCAUCACUACCGAGAAGGUCGAUUCGCUUCAGCAGAUGCGCACUUCCGACUCUGCACAGCGUUUCAUCAGUCUGCCCGCCCCACGAAUCAAACCUGGCGAGGACGACCCGAUACGUGCGCUCGUCCUCACCGGCGAAGACGUCGAGAGUCUCACGGCAGAAGAUUGGAACAUGGUCGUUGGUAACUACACGGAGCUCGUCUUCGCUCGUACGACGCCAGAGCAGAAGCUGCGCAUCGUGGAGAGCAUCAAGGCGCGCGGAGACAACACGGUUGCAGUCACUGGUGACGGUGUGAACGACGCCCCUGCUCUCAGGGCGAGCGAUAUCGGCGUGGCUAUGGGUAGCGGCAGCGAUGUCGCCAAGGAAGCUGCGGCUAUGGUCCUCCUCAAUAAUGACCUUUCCUCGGUCGUCGUCGCUAUCCAGAUGGGUCGUCUUGUCUUCGACAACUUGAAGAAGGUCAUGAUUUACUUAAUGCCGGCUGGCACGUACACCGAGUUCAUCACGGUGUUCUGCAACGUCUUCCUUGGGAUGCAGCUUGCUCUGAGCUCGUACCUUCAGGUUUGCUUCUCUAUCACCAACGAUGUUGUCAUGUCUAUCUCGUUGAUGUAUGAGCAACCCGAGGCCGACCUCAUGCUCCGCAAGCCGCGCAAUGCACGCACUGAUCGUCUCACCGACUGGCGCUUCUUCAUUCAGAUUUACCUCUUUAUCGGGCUCAUGAUGUGGCCUUGUGCGAUGAGCAUGUGGUUCCUGUACAUGAACCAGCAAGGCCUGCACUUCUACGACGUCAUGCUCGUCUAUGACAAGUGGGCCGACGGGUGGCAAGGCAAAACCGCCGCUCAGCUUCAGCAAUACGUUUAUGUCGGCCAGUGCAUCUACUACGUGACGAUGGUGUUCAUGCAGUACGGCGGCCUGCUCUCCGUGCGGAACCGCCGCGUCUCGAUUCUGCAGUCAAACCCGCUGUGGGGCCCGCGCCGGAACCUCGUCGUGCCCAUGGGCAUGAUCGGCACCAUGCUCAUCGCCGUCGUCAAUUUGUAUGGCCAUGGCCUCCAGCAUGUUUUCUACACCACGCCGAUUCCGGGGAUGUACUGGGGCAUCCCCUUCGGCUUCGCGUUCGGGAUCUUGACCAUGGACGAGCUGAGAAAGCUAAUUGUAAGGACGUAUCCCAAGUCGAUCGUUGCGAAGAUGGCUUGGUAA